GUCUGUACGGUCUUUUUCAAUCACUCGUCAUCGCGUAUAGAUCGUUGGAUUCUAAUCCAAUUGAAUCCACACGUUAAACAUAUUUUAACAAAACGAAAGAUGAGUGAAACAUUGCAAUUAAAAGGCAUCCUUUGGGGACACAGUGGAUGGGUCACCCAAAUUGCCACCAAUCCUAAAUAUCCUGAUAUGAUAUUGUCUUCUUCACGAGACAAAACUUUGAUCGUAUGGAAACUCACUCGUGAUGAAACAAACUACGGUAUUCCACAAAAACGUCUCCACGGACAUUCUCAUUUCAUCAGUGACGUAGUUUUAUCAUCAGACGGUAAUUACGCUCUAUCUGGUUCCUGGGACAAGACCCUCCGUCUCUGGGAUCUUGCUGCUGGACGUACCACUCGUCGUUUCGAAGACCAUACCAAGGAUGUCUUAAGUGUUGCAUUUUCUGUAGACAACCGUCAAAUCGUCUCAGGAUCCCGAGACAAAACCAUUAAAUUGUGGAAUACUCUCGCUGAGUGUAAAUAUACAAUUCAAGAUGAAGGACACAGCGACUGGGUCAGUUGUGUUCGUUUUUCACCAAACCACACUAAUCCUAUCAUAGUCUCAGCUGGAUGGGACAAGACUGUAAAGGUUUGGAAUUUAACCAACUGCCGUCUAAAGAUCAAUCACUACGGUCACACUGGGUACCUCAAUACCGUCACCGUUUCUCCAGAUGGUUCUCUCUGUGCAUCUGGUGGCAAGGAUUGUAAAGCAAUGUUAUGGGAUUUGAAUGACGGUAAACACUUGCACACUCUUGAUCACAAUGACAUCAUUACCGCAUUGUGCUUCAGUCCAAAUCGUUACUGGCUCUGUGCCGCUUUUGGACCUUGGAUCAAGAUCUGGGAUCUUGAAAGCAAAGAAAUGGUCGAAGAGCUUAAAGCUGAAGUUGUGUCAUCAAACAGUAAAAUUGAGCCCCAGUGUCUUUCCCUCGCCUGGUCUACUGACGGUCAAACUUUAUUUGCUGGUUACUCAGAUAAUACAAUCCGUGUAUGGCAAGUCUCUGUUACUAGCCGUUAAGCUUUUUUUGUAAAUGGCUUAAAAACAUAUUAAAAUUAAAGAAAAAAAUAAAAUAAAAAAAAACAAAAAUUCAUGUGAGUGUAAAUAAUUAACGAGCUUUUUAUAUAUUACAAUUUAUUUAUAAUUUAAUAAUUUUUACGUUAAGUUUUUUAAAUUUUAGAGUAUGAGUUGUUUUAAUUAUUUAUUUGUCAGUUUUUUUAUUAUUUAUCUUAGAUUCUAAUUUUUCAAAUUCCGCUUUUGCUACUUUUUCCGCUUCAUCUUCUAUUUGUUCAACGCCAAGAACUUCUGGGAUAUAAAAUUGCAUCAUAUUCUGUACACCAUUUUUCAAAGUAACAACUGAGCUAGGACAACUUGUACAUGAUCCCUGCAUUUUUAAUUUAACGAUUCCAUUCUCAAAACCC